AUGGAGCCAAACGCAGAUAUGACAAUCAGCGGUACCCGAAUUUCUGUACGAGCCAAGGACGCAGAUAUGCCGGAAAGAGCGGGCCUUAAGCAGAUCCAACUGCUGGAGAAGAAAGUAGAGCUGCCCAACGCUGAUGUGAAGGGGUUGCUAUCUAAGGUGGAGGACUCUCGAGUUCUCACCCUUUACAUGAAUCAUCACAGAUCUUUAAAUGACGACGAGACCUGA